CUUGUGCUUAAUAGCAAAAGGGUGCCAAAGACCAGAAAGAAUCAUAUUUGCUAAACUUCAACAUGGGUAAGGGAGCAAUGAAGUUUGGAGGGAAAUCGGGGUUGUUGCCUAAACCUAAGGAAAUUUUCAAACAACCAUACAAACACCAAGUUUAUAAGAAACAAACUGACUCAGGAUAUGCUGAAGGUAUUCUCCACCCAAAAAAUAUUACCAGAGAUUACAUUCCUUCGAAAGUAUUCACUCCUGAACAAUUACUGAAGAGAUCUGCACAUGAGCCAGCGAAGAAAUUUACUGAGGAUGAAAUUGCAAAAAUGCCAAUCAGCCAACAGUUUAAAGUGAAAAACGCUCAGAUGAGAAGAGAAUACUUGAAGGACUCUUACCAAAAAGAGGUUGAAAGAUUAGAAAAUCUAGAGAAACACGAGGAGCUUCUGAAGCUUGAAGAAGAAAAAUUGGCGCAGGAGGCAGCAAAACACACACAAUCUAAAGCCGAGUUUUUCACCUCCCCAACUUUGGAAAGCUAUUUGAGCGACCCGCUGGUGAGACCAAGAACUGCUGAGGAACAAGAGUCUUUGAGAAUCAAGAAAGAGUCCAACAGACUGCAGACUAGAUUAAACGCAGACACUCAGAGAGCUGCGAGCUUAUUUGAGCUUUACAAUGCAUCAAUCAAUUUUGCAAUAACAGAAGAAAAGCUUGAAAAAUUAGUCGAUGCUGCCUUUGACAGCAAGGCCGAUGAAGCCUGGAACAAUGUUGCAAGUUCCACCCCUAACAAGAUAAGUGCUGUGAAAAACCAUGUCACUUUUGAUAACGCAUUGGUAGAUAUUGUAUUGGAUAACGUGAACAAGGGACCAGGUUACGAAGCCGUGGAAGAUUACCUAAAUGGGUUUACCGAUGACAUCAAAGAGUUGGCGGAACAAAUAAAGAAGGAGAAGAACCAACAAGACAUAGAAGCGGCCAAUGAAAACUUGAACAAAGUGGCUGAAAUGAAAAGAACCGAUGUUUAAGCGUAGUUUUUAACCUGUAUAUAUUUAAUUCAAGCAUAAAUCACGUUAUAGAAAGACCAAUAUUACUAAAUUCGUUACAGGGUUUUUGUUUCUCUAUUAUUAUAUUUGUUAGUGGAAGAAAAAAAAAGAGAGGAUGUAUACAGUAAUUAUUUACACGAAAGAAAAAGA